ACACUCCCACACAAACAACUACUACUACUACUACUACAACAUGUCUGACUUCGGCCGCAAGGAUCUUACUGAGCAGGUUCACGACAAGGUCAAGCCUGACUCCCAGAAGUCUUACCUUGAGCAAGCCGGCGACGCCCUCUCCGGCGCCUACGACCGCGUCGCUGCCGCUGUCGUUCCCGCAGAGAACAAGUCCACUUCUCAGUCCGCCGCUGACUCCCUCCGCGGUACCAACGAUGACGCCAAGGCUGAGGGUAACUCCCUCUACGAU